AUGCAUACCGUACUGUCGAUUACAGCGGUGAUAGUUGCUUUGUUCGGCGAAUACUCGACAAAUGUAUGGAGCACUGCCAGCCGCCGUUUUGGUAAAUAUGGUAUCAAAGCACUCGGAGACAUCCGGGUAACUCCAUCGACCCAGAGAAACAUGGAGGCGUUGGUGCCGGUUGAAGCUACAAAACCUGGGGUUGAGAUUAUUGAACACGUAACCGAUAAGGUAUGCUUGAAAACUGUGGAAUCCAAAACGCGAACGAAGACGCUGACUCAAACCCUACUGGAGAUAAAAGAACAACAUCGAAUUCAUGGCCAUGGCUUGAUUCCUGUGAACGUGACUGUAGAAGUGGACUUUAUUGCAAGGUUCCGUACACAAACAAGUGGCUGUUGGCGGGUGUGA